AUGGCGGACCUGGGGACGCAGCGCUUCUCUCGGACCAGGAGGUUCGAUGAGGAGGAUCGAAAGACCCGCAUCUUUGACACCAAGGCACGCAUCAUGGGGGUGGACACGGCCGCGCUGGACGCCCAAGUGGACGAGAAGCGGCGGCUGCGGGAGGCAGAAGCAAGGAUGAACCAGAACGCCGCGGAGGUGGCCAACAUCUUCGACAAGACGCUGCAGCUCAGGGAACAGGACAGGCUGAUGGCCAAGCGCGAGGUGAACCGCGAGGUGGAGUCGUUCCGUCUGUCCAACCAGGAGAAGUGUGGGCGCCGCGAUUACGACCUGGACGACCCCCUGCUGCGGAAAAAGUCGCUUCCCGCCCGGCUCGACGACACUGACGAGAAUAACCCGGUGUCGGGGAUCCAGAAGCUGGCGGGAGAGGACCUGCAGGCUGGGUGGCGCAAGAAGCUGCAGAUGGAGCAGCAGGCGCUGUGGGCGGCGGGGCAGGAGGCCCAGAAGCGCGCUGCGCGCGAGCGCGCGCUCGCGGAGGAGCAGCAAAUGGCAGAGAUCAUGCUGGCACAGGACGAGCUUCGGCAGCAGUUCGCAUCCGAGGAGUCUGCUAUCAAGGCGCAGCUGAAGCGCGAGACGGCGGACGAGAACCGGCGGCUCGCGGAGGAAAAGAAGAUGCGCGAGCGUGCGGCGCGCGAGGCGGAGGCGCGCGCGAACGAGGCGGAGCAGGAGGCACUCGCGAGCAACCCAAUUAUCAACGAGCACCCGGACAUGCAGGCAAGAGGCGGUGUUAAGAGCGUCGUGAGCCCGGCACGGUACCGCAAGGACCAUUACAAGAGCAUGCCGGAAGACCAGAAGCAGAAGAUUAAGGACGAGCUAGACCGCCAGCUGAUGGAAAAGCGCGCGCGCAAGCUGGCAGAGCAGUCCGAGGAGGCGGCGCACGCAGCGCACCAGGAGAUGAUCCGGCUCACGCUUGAGCGGCGAGCGGCUGAGGCAGCCGCAGCCGCUCGGCUUGCGAAGAUCGACCUCGUUGAGACCCAGAAGGUUCAGAAAGUGGGGCAUACUAUCAGGGAAACGACGCUGAAGAAGGAAGUCUACACAAACGUUCCGACCGAAGCGUACUUUGCUCAAUUCAACACCCGGAGCCGGUAG